CCCCCUCUCUCUCCCUCUCCCCCCCUCUCCCGGUGUCAGUGAUGAACAAGGACCGGGUGUUCCGCAAACUCUUUGUGGGGGGUUUACCGUAUCACAGCAACGAACUCUCCCUCCGACGGUAUUUCCAGCGUUUCGGGGACAUCGAGGAGGCGGCGGUGAUCACCGACCGACUGACCGGGAGAUCCCGAGGCUAUGGCUUUGUCACCAUGGCAGACUGGGCAGCCGCAGAGCGAGCUUGUAAAGACCCCAAUCCCAUCAUCGACGGAAGGAAAACCAACGUGAACCUGGCUUAUCUCGGGGCGAAACCACGGACAGUACAUUCAGGUGGGCUUCUCGGUUUGCAACAAGUUCACUCGGCUCUGCUGCAAAGACCGUAUGAGGUGGCCACCCAGUGCCUGAUGCCACAGACUGUUCUGCAGCCCGGCCUGGUCUUGCCCCAAACCCGUACCUGGAUUCCAGCGGGGCUCUGUACACGCAUUACCCUACCUACGAACAUCUCUACCCACAUUGUUCCCACUACCUGAGCCCUGGCUACACCUACACAAUGCAGCUUCCCAUACAGACUGCAACAGCAAACCAGGGGCUGGGACAGCCAGAGCUAACCACACUGCACACCGCAGGGUUUCAGAGACGAUAGCAAAACCAACUGCCCUCCUCAUCAUCCAAAACUGGGCGAGGAUCCCAAUCACUGAUGAACAGGAAUUUCCAAUCCCUUUGGUUUCCAAUAUGCCAACUGGAGCUUUGCGAGUACCUCAUUGAUACGGAGAAUACUUUUUUUUAAAAGAAGGAUUGUUUUUCUCGCAAAACAAAACAUGAAAUCUCUCCUGAAAUGCGUGGAAAUGCAUAAUUGAAGUCUAAAUACUUCCCGACUCGUAGACACUCCUCCAGAUAUUGUUGUUUUCUGUUCUUCCUUUCUUUUUCUCUCUCCCUUCCCACCCCUCCGUUCCUUUCCUCCCUCCCUCCCUCCUCUACAAAAGUAAAAGUCAGCCUAUAUUUUAUCUUUAGAAAUGCGCUGAGUUCUCUCGUGGGCUCACUCACUCAAAAAAAUAAAUAAGAGUGAGAUAAACAACCAUGAAUGGGCAAAAUAGCCAUUGGAUCCAAGAUGGCUGGAGCCAGUUCAACAUUCUGCAAGAGGAAUGUUUGUUCUAUCUUCCCGUAUGCCAAACAUCUCAUCUCAGAAAUCCCAUGGAAAACUUUGAUAUCCUACAGCUGGUCGUAUUCUGGCUGAAUCCUAACUACUUUUCCAGGGACUGAGCUUCCCCACUUCUGUUCAGAUCGAGACCUCUAUUUAAAAGGAAACAGUACAUUGCAAUCCUCUACUGUACUUGGCUCAGGAUUUUUUACAUAAUAUUAGAAGCGGAAUUUUGUACUUGGGUCAGAAUUUCUAUAAUGCGGGAGUGGUAAUGUUCAUAAUUCUUUGCUUGGAUCAGCUAUGCAUCUGUCCAGACCAUUGUAACUGGCUUUACAAAGCUCAAUAAGUUAUAAGAUCAGGUAGUCAGUCAGUCAGUAGUCUUUAGCUGCUCACUUCCUGGCAAUAGUUGUAGCAGGAACAGCUUAAAUUAAUCUAUAAGAAUGCUCAAAUGUUCCUUUUAGCUUGUAAACAUUAAAUUAAAUGGAAUAUUUAUAAAUAUGAAUCGUUGGAAGAUAUUUAAUUGUAAUUUUUUUGUUGCUUCAUGCUAGUUAGAAUGUAAAUGUAUACUUUGACCUACUUUCAACUUGAUGGUGAUCUGAACCUCAAUUAAUUAAAGGCACAUGCUCUACGAA